UACCGACUUGGUAUCGAUAUUAUUUGUACUUCUGUUUAGUUGUCACUAUAGUUGCUGGUUGUCCACAUGAAUAAAACGGGAUUCAGAUUCUGUUAGGUCAUAAAAAAAUCUAUCUAAUUAGAGGGAAAGGAUAUUAUGAAUAGACUUCACUUGAGUGAGGACACACAGGGAGCCUAAUAGUAAGUAUUCACGUAAUAAUGAUGUAAGAUCAUUCAUCCUUUCCAUCACUGCUGCUCUCUGAUGCUGCCCCACUCGCUUCGUGCACCACAGCAGACAGGUUGUCUGCAACAGGGGGGUGGGGGGGAGUGCGUGGGGGGAUGUUGCAGCUGCUGUCCCACUCGGCGCUGCGGAGCCUGUGUUAACUCAUCAUCUGUGUUUCGACUGGGAAGAUUUAAAAACAGAAAGAAAGAAAAAAGAUAUAAGGACCAGCCUUGUUAACACCUGAGAGGAUCGAGCUAAGGUAAGACGCAGCGCAGAGAUGAAGCCCCGUCUUCUGGGCGGCGGCAGGACAACCAGGAGACUUUUGUCGGCUUGCCUCAUCUCGGCGUGCCAAGCCCUGCACAGCUGCGGGGGAGUCAAGUGCGUGGAUGGCCAUCAGUGCUGCCUGCUGCCCGUCCCAGGGAACGGCAGCUCCGGCUCCGCGGAGAGCUGCUGCAAGCUCCCCAUCCACGUCUUCUUCGACAACGUCGGCUGGUUCACGCGGAAGCUGUCGGGCAUCUUGAUCCUACUGCUGCUCUUCGCCAUGGGCUACUUCAUCCAGAGGAUCAUCUGCCCGCGGCCCCGCCACCGGCACCAGAACCAGGAGCACGCCGAGGAGCCUUCCCUCUUCCACGGACCCACGUCGGCGUCCCAGGAUCUCCUCCUGGAGCCCUACCCGGAGUGCACCCUGGGGGACUUCGCCUCCCCGAACCUGCCGGCCUACGACGAGGUCAAGUACCUGCCCACGUACGAGGAGAGCAUGCAGGAGAUGCACCGGGACCGGGAUCGGGACCGCACCGAUGAUGACCUGUUGUCCGGAACGGAACCGGCGGCGGCGGCGGCGUCCGGAGAGCAGGGUCGGGAUCUUCUGGGGGUGAGCCCCGCAAGGACAGCUCGGAACUCGGUGUGAAAAGAGAGCAGGAUCCGGACAGUGAACUGCCUGACAGUAUUACUAAUUUAUUAUUAUUAUAUCAUCAUCAUCAUCAUCAUCAUCAUCAUCAUCGUGAGGGAGGUGAAGGAGGUUUCGCAGAGAUACAAACUCAAGUGCAAUUAUAAUCCUGAUUGUAAAGAAUAAAGGAGGAGGCUGAGAAUGUAAACGUGUUUUGGAAGAUAAUACGUGUCUGCUCGCCUUUUCGUAUGCAAAUGCCGCCUCGGCAGAGGGGAUUAGAGAGCAUGCAGGAGGCGCCUUAAACCGAUGCUCAUUGUGUUGAUGGGACAGCUAAUUUGGUGCCGGGACAAUCACAUUAAGUUUUUUCGCGGCACCAUGAAAACACUCUCGAAAAUGUGACCUUUUAUUUCUAUACAUUCUGAAUAUUUAGGGAAGGGGAGGUUUGCGACCAAAUGGAAAAACACUUUCUCCUCAAAGUUGAAUGUGGACGGACUAAAGUGAGGGGUUCAUCUGCAUCUGGGAUACUUCCAGUUAAAUGAUAUCUUAUCAGCAUGAAAGCAACAGUCCGUUCAUUUUCACAUGGUAGCCCGUAGAUAAGCGCUUUAUGGGUAAUCUGAACCGUGUUUCAUGUGUUUGUUGACAGAUAAGCCGCCACAAUAUAUAUAGAUAAAAAAAACAACAACAAAAAAAAAACAAUUCCAGCAGCAUUUUGUAGCCUGGAGUUGCAUGAAUUGAGGGGGGACGGCAGAUGUUGCAGCGUGCAUGCUGAUAGGUGCAUGUUGGCAAGAAAUGUGGGAAUCAGAUCUAAUAGGGAGGAUUUUAAUAAGCUAGAAUAUGGUGUAAAAGUUCAUUUCAGUCUUUCAAAUAGGUCCCAAUUAUGUGCGAAAUGGAUUCAUUACAUACAGUAUGUUCCACGUGAUCUUUAUUGUUAUGACCUAAAAUGCUGAAAGCUUUUAACACGUUUUACUAUAAAAUCUUGACCAAGACUGGUUUCCUCAAGGAGGGUUAGGCUCAAAAGGUUAUUGUUGAUGAAGUUGCCUGGUGACAGACUGUUUUGUCCUGUAUUGUUAGCAGAAAGUUUAGUGGAAGAAAAAGCUGCGGUCGUAAAGCAGCGCCCACUUAGGAGCUGCGUGGAGAGUCAAAAGUUGUGGACAGCAGCUGGAGACAUCCAGGACAGACGUUGCUACUGUGUCCUUGCGUUAAGGAAAAAUGGAAAUAUAUAUAUAUUUUUUUUUUCUUUUAGGUUCGAAAGAGACGCUCAUAAUAGAUACUGUAGGUUCUCACAAUCAGUUGUGAUUUGGGGAACCGUGUCAUCUUCUGGUGUCGGCCCACUUUCACCAUGUCCAAAGUCAGAGCAGCCGUUUACAAGGACAUUUCAGACUUCAUGCUUCCUUCUGCUGACCGGCUUUACCGAGAUGCCGAUUUCAUUUUCCCAUUACCGGCACACACCGCCAAAGGUACCGAAAGCUGGUUCCAUGACCGCGGUGUUCCUGUUCUUGAUUGGCCAGCAAACUCUCCCGACCUUUAACCCCACAGAGGAUGUAUGGAGAGUUCUUCAAGAGGCAGACGAGAGACAAAGGAACCAACACUUGCUGAUGACCUGAAACCAGCCAUCGAAGCGACCCGGGCUUACAUGAAGCAGACCGAUCACCUCCAUGAUCAUUACAUAAAACUAGCCAGACAAAAGAGACUCAAACUCGCAUUAGAUGAAUUUGUCACCUAUAAAACAGCCGGUCAGGGUUAGUUUUUGUUUUAUCGUCCUGGUUUUCAAUCAAGAUUAAAUAUACCCUCCUAAAAUAAACAAGCUGUCCCUCCGCCAUGCAUCUGAUGACAUCACAUAAGACGACUGAUUAGUUAUUCAAACAUCUCCUUCUUGCUUGUUUUUUUGUUUGUUUGUUUUUUCAUUUAUAAGUCCAAUUGUUGUUUCCUGCAGAACUGCUGCAUCACCCACUACUUCCAUCGCAGACUUACCAGUCAGAAAACUUGGCUGUCACAUGAUUGUUAAAGUGGUAGAGGUAAAGAGGUUUUGGCAUGUAAACAACAAUAAUACCAUUAAAAAUAAUAUGUCUUUAAUCUUUUUUCCCCCCCACAACUUUAACGUGACAGAUAUUCGUUACAAUUCAACUAAGAAACACUUUUAUUAGUGGGAAGUAGUUUUGGCACUACAGUUCUGUACUGAAUGUUGACGUGAAAGGAAAAGGGGUGGAGAUGCAGCAGAUGCCCCGGCGUUCUCUUUCCCUUCGUUGAAAUCCAUCAGCAUGUGACUAUUUUCCCACUGUAACACGCAGGAGCUCCGCCGACACAUCCCUUGCCCCACCGCUCUCUUCAGGCAAUCGCUCUCAUUUUCUAUCAGCUUCGUGUCUGAACUCAUUCCAAAACCUUCAUUUUCUCCCAGUGAACGAUCAAUUCUACUGGCAACUUAAACGUACACUUGCACUCACAAGUGUUGCCGAAAACGCGAAGCCUCUUCACCUUCAGCUUUCUAGCAGAGGACCAGUCAAAAUAUAACAGCUAUCGAGAAUCAUGACACAAUUUCAUCUCAACAAAUCCCACACUUCCACGCAAAGAAAGGCAGCUCCAGAUCAUGAUGCUACUGCCGCCGUGUUUCACUGUGGUUAUGGUGUAUGAGCCACGCACAAUGUUUUAGAACGGGUUCAGCCAGCUUUGAAUCUUUUCUUUGGAAACGAAGGGCUUUUGUUUUUGAACCCUAUGUCAAACUAUAAACACAGGACAAUGUUGUCACAAUUAAAUCUCAGCCAGUGCAUCCAAAAAAGUCCUGCAGCCUUUUCAGUGUCGCUGUCGGCCUCUAGCAUCCAUUCUCUACCAGUUUGUCUUUUUGUAAUGUCACUAUUGUUGCAUAUUUUCUCUUAUUACCAAUGAUUGUUUUUACUGUGCCGCAUUAAUGCAAUGGGAAACGUUUUAAUCAUGUCCUUCCCCUGACUGGUACGUUUGGACGGUAGGACCAUUUUGAUCCUUUGGCACCUCUCUGCAAACUUCGGCUUUUGGCUGAAGGACUCGAACGGUUGGACGGCGGAACAAGGCGUGUAACCACGAACACUGAAUGUAAAAACUGAACCAAAGUGUGAUGGAACAGAGUGUGUAUCGAAGGGUCUGCGCAUUUACACAGCUUUCCUCUUUGUUCAACAUUUUCCCACCUAACAGAAUUGCUUGUUUGACGUACACAGGAUGAAAUUUUCACAUUAAAACUGAAAACAUAUUGGCGGAGGAAAAAAGUUAUUACGGCCUCAUUUUUACAAAAACAUCGCAAUUUCACAAGGUUGUGUAAACUUUCGGCAUGCAGCGUAUAAUGAGCCCUGUUCUGUCAGGACAACCCGAAUCAUUUCCCUCACUGGGAAGAAGUAGGAAAAUGUCUUUGGUCAGCAGUCAGAAAGGGAGAAGACGCUUGGGUAAGCUAAAAUAGUUUGAGUCCGGACUGCAUCGAGGAACUACUCUAGAAAAUAUGGUCAAUAUUUGAGAUGACGCAAGUCAAAUACUUUGAAAACUAACUUGGCGAGGUGUGAAAUUGCAUGGAAACUAAUCAGAUAUAAUUAGCUUGCAUGAAUUUUGACAGAUUUGUCCUGAAGACGAUCGUCGACGUCAUCAUCAUCUUCACCAUUUGCUUCAGCUUCACCCUCUGUCUUGGUUUUGGGGGUCGUCCGGGUCAAAGUCUGGCUCAGAGACAUAGAUGGCUGAAAUGCUCACACACUGAAUGCUUCAGAAACAUUUAAGUGUGAAAAAGAUAACUUAAAAAGAAGAAUAGUCCACUGCAUAGUGAAUUUUAAAGCUACGUGGAAAGACAACUCGAAUAUCAGGUGUCAGGUACCACGACGGACGCUUUGAAACGCUUCAUGUUUGAGGAACCAGAGCACGUGUUUCUUUUCUCUUUCUUGUUAAGCCAAAGAAGAAUGUAUUCGAAACAAUAUUCUCAUUUCUAUUACGGUGAGAAAUGCAUGUUAAAAACUAAUUUUUUCUCAAAUUAAUACAGUAGUGACGAGCGUACGUCGAGCUGUCGCGAGAGUCAUAUUCUUUUGCAGCUUUUAAAAGCUUGUGUUGUCCAGGGAGAAUGAAUGUGUGCAAAACAGGCCAAUGACUUUUAAAACUGAGCAUACGCUGGUUUGAACACAUUUUCUGCAAUUCAUGCAAAGUCAAAGUUGUACAUGGAGCCUCAAACAUAUCCAAAAUGCUCACUGAUGUGUGGUCAAAUGUCUCUUAUCACAUUUAACCACAUGGUUCAAGACAUGGGGUCAGCAUGCCCAGGGCAGCCAUCUUGUUUGACCAGCGUGUUUUACAACUUCUAAUUAUUUGAUCGUUGACUUCAGGUCAACUCAUAAGAGGGACGGUUGACAUAAAGCCUUUUUUUAAAAAAAAAAAAGAUAAUUUUGUCAUUUGUAAUUCCUUUGUAAGAAAAGAAAGAGAGGGGGGGAAAAAACUAUAAAAAUUGGAAAUCGAAUUUAGCAUACAAAAAACUAAAAAUCUUGAGAUUUUAUGUUUUAGCCAUAAUAUUCCAGCCUUAAGGAAAAUUUUAUUUGAGGUAUUUCUGACUGGAAUUGCCCAGCAACCAGCCAGGUUUACACCAGAGGACUGCUGACAGCCACAAAAAGAAAAGUGUAGCACCUCUUCAACGGGCUAAAGGACAUUUUAGCCCGCAAAUGCGGUAAACGCAUUCAUUCCAGUCUGCACGUACAGAUUUGACCCUGUGGUAUAAAAGAAAACCCACAAUACAGUCAAACAUCUUCAACAAAGAUGCAUCAUCAUCCCACUACGAAAAUAGAAUCUUUCAAAUGCGUUCCGAGAAGUACAUUUAUGCCCGUGUAGCACAUUUCAUUGACGUUUUCAGACAUCUCUUCCUAACAAGGCAAAAACGUGGAGCUUCUCUGACCGACUCUGCGGAAACUAAGAGGCUGGAGUGAUUGCCGUUCGCUUCUGUAAUCCAACACUGCCAUGGCCGAGCUGAUAGCGAUCACUGAUGGCUGACAUUUAAAAAGCAUUAAAACCGAGCAGCAAAAGCCGCCUUGCAGGGGGUUCAGGAGGCGCGAUGCGUGAACGCAACUCAACUCUGUCUGGAUCAAAGGGCGUCGGCUCCGGUUUUUUAGGAUGUUGUGAUAAAGAUGUUUUUAUCUUCCCCCAGAAAAAAACAAAACAAAAAAAACCCAACAACGCUGGUUGUUUUCCGGUUUUCUUUAAAGGCAGCCGUCACCAAUCAAAACGAUCUGUAAUAUUUUUGCAGAAACAAACGGGACGAGAGAUCGUGGUUGUUGUUGUUUUUUUUUUUUUUUCUAUAAUCCAUUUACUCCAUCGCUUACUGGACAAAAGAACAGAAAAGGUCAAAUCAAUGAAGCUUGUUCUCCUCAUAAAUUUUACAUGAGCUCCCAGCAGCAUCUCUUGACUGUCUGAGUAGUGUGUGAGCGCUAGUUUAAAAACGAUCAAAUCACUCUUGUGAAGACGAGGCCCAUCGUUCAGAUCGUAGCGCAGAAUUUGGUUCUAAAUAUAUAGAUAU